AUGGACCCCCGGUUGUCCACUCUCCCGUUGUCGAAGAAUGCGAGUGACCAUCAGUCAUACCUCAACGCUAUUGCAGCACAAUUGGAGGACGAAAACAGUUUUUUUAGGGAAGCCGCUGUCAUAGCAUUAGGCAAACAACCAACGCUACCCAGUCAUAUCCUUCAGGGUGUUGCAACACAGCUUGAGGAUAAAGAAGGUGCUAUUCGAAAAAGCACUCUCAAAGUACUUGAUAAACAACCAAAUCCGCCCGAUAGUAUUCUCAGAGCUGUUGCAGGACGAAUAGAGGAUGAAUUCAAAUUUAUUCGAGCUUCCACUAUCACAGCACUAUGCAAACAACCAGCAUUGCCCGAUGAUAUUCUCAAGACCCUUGCAGCAUUGCUAGGGGAUAAACACAGCUUUGCUCAAGCCGCCGAUAUCGAAAUACUGAGCAAACAACCAGUAUUCCCCAACGAGAUAGUCGAGGCUGUUGCAGCAAAGCUAGACGAUAAAGAUGACUUUAUUCAUGCUGCAGUUGUUGAGAAGUUGGGAAAGUGA